AUGUCGUCCGUCUCGAUGCAAACGGAAAAGUCCCGACGCGAUGAGUAUUCUUUUCGUCGCGAAGACGAGGGUUUUGGGAAAGAUGAUGACGACGAUGAGAACAACAUAGAUUUAAACGAAUGUUUGGAAAUGGUGCAAGAUUUCAUCCACCUGUACCAACAAACGGACGAAGACGUGCAACAGAUACGUUUAAUGUCUUCGGAGUACACGGAGAUAAAGUCGGUGUCGAAUAAAAGAGAGCAACACAUGUCAGAAGUCAUACGAGAGAUGACGAAACGAGUACAAAACGCGGAACGGAAAACGAGCAACCUUUUAUCCUCGGCGGCGCGGUCGGACCGGUUUCGGAAAGUGGAGGAGGAGAAGCGAGACGCGGAGCGGUACUGGUCGCAAAUGGAACGCGAGGCGCAAACGUUGGAGGAAACGAGGGAGAUUUUGAAGAGGAAAAGGAACGAGUUGAAAAAGAAAAGACGGGAGAUGGACGUGUUGGUUACCGAGGAGAUUCCAAAGUUGAAGAACGCGUUGUCUUUGUACGCGCACGUGACGAAGAUCGCGUGGAAGUACGAACAAAAGGCAAAGAUUGAAGGCAGAGUGAAUACGAACAGCGCGAACGGGGAGGUUAAAGUCAUCGAUAAGAAGUUUCCCAGGACGGAGGAGGAUCGGUUUCGUUUGUGUAAUUCGCUCUGGGAUUUGAUCGAUUAA